CAGAGUAUAAAUAUCCAGAAAGUUAGGCUUUACGGAAGGCCUAAAAUCAACCCAAAUUAAAGAAAAAUAACUUAUUAGCGUUUCUAUGAACCGAAAUAAUCUUAUAACAUCGAAAACGUUCAGCAAUAAAGUUCUGUGACGUUUGUAGCAAGCCGUUCGCCAAACCCGAUUUAAAACGUACAAAACGUUUCUGUACAAGAACAACGUUGCGACAGGAUUGAGGUUGCAGUCUGAAAUUCUGAGGACUAGUAAGAAUAUACACAAACAGAAAAUAUCAGGAGAGAGAAUAGAUUGACAUUGAACAUUCCAUACAAUGUCCUCUUUACAUUUACAAACUGCACUUGACCCAAAAGAUGAUGACUUCUUAAGGUUGUACAGGACAGUUCCACGAGGAUCAUCACGGAGCCUUAUAACUCCUUCUUUCAUGGAAGCCCUCUCAGACAUGGACGAAUCAAUGCUGAAGAGUCCCCGUGUAGAAAGGGAAAAUCCUUUGGCAGAUUUUGCUAUAAGUGUCAGACUUUUUAAUGAGUCUCUUGUAAGUGAUCAAUGUAUAUCGAAAGAGGACAUUAUGAAAAGGGCAAAGGAAUUCUCCCCGAGUUUGAAUAAAAAGAUGAAAGCCAUUGAAGACCACUUUGGUCGUGCAGGUGAGCUAGAAGAGGCGAUGGCGACGAUUAAUACAAGCUUUGAAAAAUACAUGUCGGGUGAGUUUGAGGUUAUUGGACCUAGAGACUACGAAGAAAAGUUGAUGGUCAGGAAAGGUAAGGAUGGCUGGAAGCAGACCUCCAAGUCAUGAACUUUAUGGAUGAGAUGCAGGUGAAACAGAUUCAAAACAAAAUCGGAAGUGUGGUGAAGAUUUUGGAAGAUUUUCAUUUAGGAGAAAUAACUAUGAUUAUUUUAUAUACCAGAUUUUUAUUGUCAGUCUUAAAUUGAGGUAAGAAGAUUUAUAUUUUAUAAAUAUAUAUAUACACAUAUAUAUGUUUUAAAAAAUAUUAAUGGUAGAUUAUAAGGUUAGCAGAUAAUGAACAUUAAAAUUAUCAACUUUU